AUGGACUCCGUGAACGACGUCGCCACGAAGGCGGCGCAGGUAUCCGAGGCCGGCCAGAAGCACCUCUACCCGCCCCCGGCCGACCUCGCCGCCGCCGCUCACGUCAAAUCCUUGGACGAGUACAAGGCGAUGUAUCGGCAAUCGAUCGACGAUCCCGAGACGUUCUUCGGGAACAUGGCGCGCCAGUUCCACUGGGAGAAACCCUUCGACUCCGUCGGCCCCGUCUACAACUUCGACCUGAGCAAGGGCCCGAUCAAGAUCGACUGGUUCCAGGGCGGUAAGACGAACAUCUGCUACAACGCGUUGGACCGCCACGUCGCCGCCGGCCACGGCGACGACGUCGCCAUCCUGUGGGAGGGCAACUCCCCCGACGAGCAGGCGUCGCACACCUACCACGACGUCCUCGACGCCGUGAAGAAGUUUGCGAACGUGCUCAAGUCCAAGGGCGUUCGCAAGGGCGACACCGUGACGCUGUACAUGCCCAUGGUGGUUGAACUCGCGGUUGCGUGUUUAGCGUGCGCUCGAAUUGGCGCCAUCCAUUCCGUGGUGUUCGGCGGCUUCAGCCCCGAGGCGAUCCGCGGGAGGAUGGCGGACGCGCAGAGCAAGGUUGUCGUGACGUGCGACGCGGUGAUGCGCGGCGCGAAGCCCGUUCAGCUCAAGACCCAGGUGGACGCGGCUUUGGAACUGGGCAAGGACGACUUCACCGUCGAAUCCGUCGUCGUGUUCAGGCGGCUCGCGGGCGAGUGCCCGAUGGUGGACGGACGAGACACGUGGUGGCACGACGAGAUGGCGACUGUUACCGCCGACUGCGAGUGCGAGUGGGUCGAGUCCGAGCACCCGCUGUUCAUGCUGUACACCUCCGGGAGCACCGGCAAGCCCAAGGGUAUCGUUCACUCCACCGCCGGGUACAUGCUCGGAUCGUGGGCCACGUUCAAGUACGUGUUCGACUACAAGCCCGGCGAGGUGUACUGGUGCACCGCGGACAUCGGGUGGAUCACCGGACACUCCUACAUCGUCUACGGCCCCCUGUUGGAGCGCGCGACGACGGUGAUGUUCGAGGGGGUGCCCACGUAUCCAGACGCGGGACGGUGCUGGGCCAUCUGCGAGAAGCACGCGGUGAACCAGUUCUACACCGCGCCCACCGCGGUUCGCGCGCUGAUGAAGGCGGGCGACGACUUCGUCACCAAACACGAUCGCAGUUCGUUGCGCAUCCUGGGUUCCGUCGGCGAGCCCAUCAACCCGGAGGCUUGGCGGUGGUACUACUCCGUCGUCGGCGAGGAGCGAUGCCCCAUCGUCGACACGUACUGGCAGACGGAGACUGGUUCGUUCAUGAUCACGCCGCUGCCGGGCGCCACGCCGCUCAAGCCCGGGUCCGCCACCCUCCCUUUCUUCGGCGUCCAGCCCGUGGUGCUCGACGACAAGGGCGUCGAGCUCGAGGGCGAGGCUUCGGGCUUUUUGGCCAUCAAGAAACCGUGGCCGUCCGCGUCUCGAUCCUGCUACGGCGAUCACGCGCGGUUCGAGAGCGUGUACUACUCCAUGUUCAAGGGAUACUACGUCGCCGGCGACGGGUGCAGGCGCGACGCCGACGGGUACUACUGGAUCACCGGCAGGGUCGACGACGUCAUCAACGUCUCCGGCCACCGCAUGGGAACCGCGGAGGUGGAGUCCGCCCUCGUGCUACACCCGGCGUGCUCGGAAGCCGCCGUCGUCGGCAUGCCCCACGAGAUCAAGGGCGCGGGCAUCUACUGCUACGUCGUGCUCAAGGACGGGCAGGUCGCGAGCGACGAGCUGGCGGCGGGGCUCAAGGCGAUCGUGCGGAAGGAGAUUGGGCCCAUCGCCACCCCCGACGCGAUCCAGUUCUCGGAGGGUCUGCCGAAGACCCGCUCGGGGAAGAUCAUGCGGCGCAUCCUGCGAAAGCUCGCCGAGAACCCCGCGAUUGACAUGGCGGAGCUCGGCGACAUCUCCACCCUGGCGGACCCCGGGAUCGUGGCGCUGCUCAAGGAUGGGGCCAUGAAGCUCGCGGGCAAGUGA